AUGUCGGACCGUGAGACGAAAAAACUAGCCACUAGGCUCAAUGGAUUUAUUGAAUCCGUUUAUCUGUUGAAAAAUAACGCCGGAAUAUCAAUCGCCAACGAUUUUCACAAGCUUCCUCCAAGAACAGGCUCCGACUACUACAAGGUUAUCACCAGGCCCAUUUCCCUCCACAUCAUUGCUAGACAAGUGAAACGUUUGGCCUACAGAGAUGCUCAAGAGUUUGUGCGUGAUUUGGUGCAGAUAACGUGGAACGCACGUCAUUACAACGAGCCAGGCUCUCAGAUCUAUGAGGAUGCGUUGAUUUUGGAUAACUACAUUAAAGACACGGUUAUCCCUCGUCUCGCGAACGACAAAAAUGUAAGUCUUCAGUCCGGAGUGCACUAUCCUGACUUGGGUCCUUUGGAUGACUACGACCACCUUGCGUUCGAUGCCGAAGGUGCCAGCGCUCUGCCUUACUUGAAAAAUGAGGAAUACGAGGAAGAUGACCAUGCCUCACCAUACCAGACACAUCACAAGGCCUCUUCCCAUCCACCCAAGGCUGCUGAGGGCGGUGUUAGACGUGGACGUCCUCCCAUUAUUGACAAGCCUUACGAGUCGAGAAUCAAAUCUAUCCUCAAGAACUUCAAGAGAGUGCGUCACCCCGACGACGAGAACCUUAUCCUCACAGCUCACUUUGAAAGAUUGCCCGACAAGGCUACUCCUGGUUACUACGAGAUGAUUAUGAACCCAAUCUCGCUCCAUGAAAUCAGAACCAAGGUGCGCUCUAGAAAGUACCUCAACGUACAACAAUUUUUGGAUGACUUGAAUCUCAUGAUUGGAAACGCCAAAAUGUUCAACGCGCUGGAUCCUGCUAUGUUGAACGACGUGCUUAUGUUUGAGAAACAAGCCUCUGACAUCAUAGACAAGGAGAUGCUGAGACCAGAGAAGGACUUCAUCAUCGCCACUAAUUCAGGAUCUGACGGUCUUAAAGUUCCCAUUGAUUCCGUCACAGUCAAUGAUCACAGCUAUAAAGUCGGUGACUGGGUGCUUAUCAAGAACCCCAACGACGCCAACAAGCCUACCUGUGGUCAGAUUUUCCGCUUGUGGUCCACAGAUGGCAUUGAAUAUACCAAUGUGUGUUGGUACAUUCGUGCCGAACAGACAUGUCAUCGUGUCGACAGGUUGUUCUAUAUGAACGAGGUCUGUAAAACAGGCGAGUACAGAGACCACUUGGCCGAGGAUAUUGUCGGCCCAUGUUAUGUGAUUUUCUUGACCCACUACCAGAAGGGUGACAUCCCCCCUAGUUUGCUCCCUCCCGGCUCAGAAUGGUUCAUUUGUGAGUUCCGUUACAACGCCAACAACUACGUGUUCAACAGAAUCAGAACGUGGAAAGCCUGUUUGCCGGACGAGAUAAGACACAUAGACCAGCCCAUCGUGCCCAUCAAUGAGCCAAGAAAACUCAUCAAGUACGACUCCCCCAUCAAGCAUUUGCUCUCGUCCAAUGCUUAUGACGACAUGCCUGCUGCUCCUCCUCAGCAAGGCCCAAAUCCAAAUGGGCCACCAAUUAUGGGCUCGGUGUAUUUAAGACCACCAUUCUACAACGAUGAGCUUGGUCAGUGCUCGACCUCGCCCAACGUGGCUCCAGCUCCGGAAUUUGACGACCCAAUGUCUGGCCGUAAGGCUUUCAUCUUUACGCCUGUCUCGCAACUUAAAUCUGUCACUGGCUCUGGUAUCUACUCUUCUUCCGGUACACGCUCUGUGACGGUGAACUACAUCCCAGGUCAAAAUGAUGAAAUCGCCAGCGGCUACCAGCAGACUUCGUCCAAUGCCACACCUGGCUUCGACAGCUACAGACAGCCUUAUACACCACAACCACCACAACCGCCUAUGAGCUCGUACAAGCCUUACGUGCCCAAGUACAGGGCUGACUCGCCAGCUAUCAGCUCGCGGGCCACGCCGCCAGUUGGCAACGUCAAUUCUCCUGCUGCCCUGGGCUACCACACAUCUACGUCAACGUACUCCGCAGUGCUUCCUGGUGGCGUUGUUUCUUACGUGGAGAAGCCAGCCGAGGAGGGAGAAGAGGCCGCAGACUUGACUGAGGUCAGCCGAGCAAUUGUCAACUUGAACGGACAAAAAGUUUGGUUCAGGGCGCCACCCACGCUUGUAACCUCCAAAACCGUCAGUGAAGUUGGAAACAGUGCAGAGUAUUUGGCCUGGCAAAUCAAACGCAAACUCGAGCAAAGCUAG